AUGCGCGGCACAUCUGGAUAUGAUCCAUGCAUUCUAUACAGGCGGCAGAAGAAGCGGCGAGCACCGAGACGGCGGCGGCGGCGGCGGCGGCGGCGGAAGAAGCGGCGAGCACCGAGAGACGGCGUCAGCGGCGGCGGCAGAAUAAGCGGCGAGCACCGAGAGACGGCGCCAGCGGUGGCGGCAGAAGAAGCGGCGAGCACCAAGCGACAGCGACCAGGCGGCGGCAGACGAAGCGGCGAGCACCUUGAGACGGCGGCAGGUGCGGCGGCAGAAGAGGCGGCGGCAGAAGAAGCGGCGAGCACCGAGAGACGGCGACCAGGCGGCGGCAGAAGAAGCGGCGAGCACCGAGAGACGGCGUCAGCGGCGGCGGCAGAAAAAGCAGCGUGCACCGACAGAUGGCGACCAGGCGGCGGCAGAAGAAGCGGCGAGCACCGAGAGACGGCGACCACGCGGCGGCAGAAGAAGCGGCGAGCACCGAGAGACGGCGACCAGGCGGCGGCAGAAGAAGCGGCGAGCACCGAGAGACGACGACCAGGCGGCGGCAGAAGAAGCGACGAGCACCGAGAGACGACGACCAGGCGGCGGCAGAAGAAGCGGCGAGCACCGAGAGACGGCGGCAGCGGCGGCGGCAGGAGAAGCGGCGAGCACCUUGACGGCGACCAGGCGGCGGCAGAAGAAGCGGCGAGCACCUUGACGGCGACCAGGCGGCGGCAGAAGAAGCGGCGAGCACCGAGAGACGGCGGCAGCGGCGGCGGCAGAAGAAGCGGUGAGCAUCGAGAGAUGGCGUCAGCGGCGGCGGCAGAAAAAGCAGCGUGCACCGACAGAUGGCGACCAGGCGGCGGCAGAAGAAGCGGCGAGCACCGAGAGACGGCGGCGGCGGUGGCGGCAGAGGCAGAAGAAGCGGCGAGCACCAAGCGACAGCGACCAGGCGGCAGCAGACGAAGCGGCGAGCACCUUGAGACGGCGGCAGGUGCGGCGGCAGAAGAGGCGGCGGCAGAAGAAGCGGCGAGCACCGAGAGACGCCGACCAGGCGGCGGCAGAAGAAGCGGCGAGCACCGAGAGACGGCGUCAGCGGCGGCGGCAGAAAAAGCAGCGUGCACCGACAGAUGGCGACCAGGCGGCGGCAGAAGAAGCGGCGAGCACCGAGAGACGGCGACCACGCGGCGGCAGAAAAAGCAGCGUGCACCGACAGAUGGCGACCAGGCGGCGGCAGAAGAAGCGGCGAGCACCGAGAGACGGCGACCACGCGGCGGCAGAAGAAGCGGCGAGCACCGAGAGACGGCGGCAGCGGCGGCGGCAGAAGAAGCGGCGAGCACCUUGACGGCGACCAGGCGGCGGCAGAAGAAGCGGCGAGCACCGAGAGACGGCGACCAGGCGGCGGCAGAAGAAGCGGCGAGCACCGAGAGACGGCGGCAGCGGUGGCGGCAGAGGCAGAAGAAGCGGCGAGCACCAAGCGACAGCGACAAGGCGGCGGCAGACGAAGCGGCGAGCACAUUGAGACGGCGGCAGGUGCGGCGGCAGAAGAAGAAGAGGCGGCGGCAGAAGAAGCGGCGAGCACCGAGAGACGGCGUCAGCGGCGGCGGCAGAAGAAGCGGCGAGCACCGAGAGACGGCGUCAGCGGCGGCGGCAGAAGAAGCGGCGAGCACCGAGAGACGGCGACCAGGCGGCGGCAGAAGAAGCGGCGAGCACCGAGAGACGGCGUCAGCGGCGGCGGCAGAAAAAGCAGCGUGCACCGACAGAUGGCGACCAGGCGGCGGCAGAAGAAGCGGCGAGCACCGAGAGACAGCGACCACGCGGCGGCAGAAGAAGCGGCGAGCACCGAGAGACGGCGACCAGGCAGCGGCAGAAGAAGCGGCGAGCACCGAGACGGCGGCGGCGGCGGCGGCGGCGGAAGAAGCGGCGAGCACCGAGAGACGGCAAGAAGCGGCGAGCACCAAGCGACAGCGACCAGGCGGCGGCAGACGAAGCGGCGAGCACCUUGAGACGGCGGCAGGUGCGGCGGCAGAAGAGGCGGCGGCAGAAGAAGCGGCGAGCACCGAGAGACGGCGACCAGGCGGCGGCAGAAGAAGCGGCGAGCACCGAGAGACGGCGUCAGCGGCGGCGGCAGAAAAAGCAGCGUGCACCGACAGAUGGCGACCAGGCGGCGGCAGAAGAAGCGGCGAGCACCGAGAGACGGCGACCACGCGGCGGCAGAAGAAGCGGCGAGCACCGAGAGACGGCGUCAGCGGCGGCGGCAGAAGAAGCGGCGAGCACCGAGAGACGGCGACCACGCGGCGGCAGAAGAAGCGGCGAGCACCGAGAGACGGCGACCACGCGGCGGCAGAAGAAGCGGCGAGCACCGAGAGACGGCGACCAGGCGGCGGCAGAAGAAGCGGCGAGCACCGAGAGACGGCGACCAGGCGGCGGCAGAAGAAGCGGCGAGCACCGAGAGACGGCGACCAGGCGGCGGCAGAAGAAGCGGCGAGCACCGAGAGACGGCGACCAGGCGGCGGCAGAAGAAGCGGCGAGCACCGAGUGACGGCGGCAGCGGCGGCGGCAGAAGAAGCGGUGAGCAUCGAGAGAUGGCGUCAGCGGCGGCGGCAGAAAAAGCAGCGUGCACCGACAGAUGGCGACCAGGCGGCGGCAGAAGAAGCGGCGAGCACCGAGAGACGGCGACCAGGCGGCGGUAGAAGAAGCGGCGUGCACCGAGAGACGGCGACCAGGCGGCGGCAGAAGAAGCGGCGAGCACCGAGAGACGGCGACCAGGCGGCGGCAGAAGAAGCGGCGAGCACCGAGAGACGGCCACCAGGUGGCGGCAGAAGAAGCGGCGAGCACCGAGAGAUGGCGUGCAGACGGGCAACAAAAUGA